AAGAAGACAUGCGCAGAAAGCCACACGUGUGCCCCUUUCUAAAGUCGAAACGUGAAGAUGGCGGACGGAGAGAUUGCCUCAGUGAAGAAGCAUAAGAAGAAGAAGGAAAAGAAAAUUACUGAUGAAGAACUUGGGGACAUUCAGGAGACUGGCGAUUUCCUCAUCAAGCCAGAGUCCAAGAUCGCCUCCUUGGACACAUCGCAGUGGCCUUUGUUGCUGAAGAACUUUGACAAGCUCAACAUCCGAACAGCUCAUUACACACCUCUGCCAAGUGGGUGCAAUCCAUUGAAGAGGAAUAUUCAGGACUAUGUCAGGUCGGGCUUCAUUAACCUGGACAAACCUGCCAAUCCGUCCUCCCACGAGGUGGUGGCCUGGAUCAGGCGCAUUCUACGGGUGGAGAAGACAGGCCACAGUGGCACGCUUGACCCCAAGGUGACGGGCUGCCUCAUCGUCUGUGUGGACAGGGCCACGCGUCUGGUCAAGUCCCAGCAGAGUGCAGGCAAAGAGUAUGUGGGAAUUGUUCGGCUGCACAAUGCUCUUGAGAACGAGCACCAGCUGGCAAGGGCUCUUGAAACCCUCACAGGCGCCUUGUUCCAGCGACCCCCUCUGAUCGCAGCUGUAAAGAGGCAGCUAAGAGUGCGUACCAUCUAUGAAAGCAAGCUUAUCGAGUACGAUCCAGAGAGGAGGCUAGGGAUUUUCUGGGUCAGCUGUGAGGCUGGAACCUACAUCCGAACGCUCUGUGUUCACCUGGGGCUCCUGCUGGGUGUGGGAGGGCAGAUGCAGGAGCUGAGGAGGGUGCGGUCGGGCGUGCUGGGUGAGAAGGACAAUAUGGUCACCAUGCAUGACGUAUUGGAUGCCCAGUGGCAGUAUGACCACAACAAGGAUGAGACCUAUCUGAGGAGGGUCAUCUUCCCCUUGGAGAAGCUGCUGGUGUCCCACAAGAGAAUCGUCAUGAAGGACAGUGCCGUGAAUGCCAUCUGCUAUGGUGCAAAGAUCAUGCUUCCUGGCGUCCUACGGUAUGAAGAUGGCAUUGAGUUGAACCAGGAGAUUGUUGUCAUUACCACCAAAGGAGAGGCAAUUUGUUUAGGAAUUGCCCUGAUGACCACGGCUGUGAUCUCCACAUGUGACCAUGGUGUGGUGGCCAAGAUCAAGAGGGUCAUUAUGGAAAGGGACACAUACCCUCGCAAGUGGGGCCUGGGACCAAAGGCCAGCCAGAAGAAAAUGAUGAUUCAGAAGGGCCUACUGGACAAGCACGGAAAGCCCAACGGCAGCACUCCCUCUGACUGGAAGACGAGCUAUGUGGACUACAGUACACCAAAGAAAGCUGCUGCUGUAGAGAGUGAACCAGCUGGCAAGAGGAAGAGGGAAGCCAGCGAUAGUGACAGUGAUGUGGGCACACCUGCUGCUUCUGUGCCCGACACCCCCAAGACCGAGGAGGCCAAAAAGGAGAAGAAGAAAAAGAAGAAAGAGAAGAAGCAGAAGCUUUCUGAAGAGGCGGCGGAGCAGCCGGCCGCAGAGGAACCUGCAGCAGAGGAGACUCCAGAGGCGGGCGAGAGUGCCAAGAAGAAGAAGAAGAAAAAGAAGCAGAAGGAAGCGGAAGCAGAGUCGGAGUGAGGUCACAUGACUGAACUCCCCGAGACUGAACUGAAUCCCUCCGCAGCGAGGGUGUGGGUGGGGGGGGCGGGGCGCGUGCACAGCUGUACAGAUGUAGAGGCACUGAAGCGACACCCCCCCACCCCCUCCCCUCACCGUUUCUCCCGUUCAUCCAGUCUGUGUCCAACAUGGCAGCCGACCUCAGCGAGUGCUGUCUGGGGUCGAGCUCACUGCCCAUUUCUAAACGGUUUCGUAGCCCUUCCGGACGCAGUGAAUGAGACAGGACUGUUGCAAACAUCCUCUUUUUAAACUGAUUUUGAUCUUUUAAAUUGCUCACCCCUUACGAAAAGUCUACCAUAUAUUUGUUUUUUGGGGGUAUAUCCCCUGUAUUAUGUGAGUGUGAAGACGUGUUUAUAAUGGAAUGUCUUAUUUUUGUAUUGUAAAUAGCCAAGCUGGGGGAAAAAACUGGGUGAGAGGUCAUGAAAUGGAAGCGUGAUCAAGUGGAAAGAUGUAAUUGGCAAACAAUGAUUUUCUUUUGUACACAUGCCUGUCUUUGCCUGAUUGGUGUCUUAAGUUCACUACCCUUAGCUCACCUCUAGGGGGUGUUACUGCAUGGAAGAAAGAAAAAAGGAAUAAGUUCAGACUCCUGAGUCAGCAUAUGAGGGGAAUUUUCUUUUGUAGUGGUCAUAUGCUUAAAUGAGGCGAUUUCGUUUUUGUGGGUGUUCCUAUCUCAGGCGCAGCUCGUCUUAAAUUGUGAGGGGGGGGGGGGAGCAUUUUGUUCUGACUCAUCUAGAUCUUCCAGGAAGUUGGUCUGUGUCAGACGUGCACUGCAGCAUGGAACCGAACCGUGAUCUUGUGGGUGAUUGCGACAGCAUGCUUGCUCCAGCUAUAAUCUGCUGACUUGGUUUGAAAUCUCUCUUUCAAGAGAAUAAUUCAGAGUAAUUGGCAUGUAGCCUAGAUUACUAAUUAUAAUCACUGGCAGCCAACUAAGGUGAUCUGUGUAGAAGCAUGACUGGAUUGUACCAAUGCUAAAUGGCUGUAUGUGCAGUGAGUAUAUGUGAAGGUGGUGCGUGCUGCUGUGUAGUUCAGGACACUUCCUCUAAAAAAGGACCAGAAUGGGACCAAGUACCAUGUGACAGGCGUGCUCCUAAUCUUUGUCCCAGUGCCACUGUUCUUGCGCAGUAUGCAAGCCAAUGACACAAAUGGAUGCAAAGCUGUGUGUUUAGGGAGAAAUGAUGCAUUAAAGUCCAAAGUAAGAGAGGCAUAUGCAUGCAUGAACUGAACUCUUCCUCCAGCCUGAAAUGCACACCUAAAAAUUCUCUUGAAGGAACAGUUUGAGAUUCCAGUAUUUUUAUUUGGCUGCAUCUUGUGUAGAAAUAUUCUGUAAAUAAGGUGAUCCAAACUAAAUUUUCACAUGUCAGAGCUUGUUUUGGCUUCAGUUUUUGUUUUGUUCAAAGUUUGUAGUAUAUUUACCACUUUAGAGACUGAAGUUCUUUGGGGUCCUGAAGCAGGUUAUUUUAAUUUUAAUUGAAUAUAAUUUGA